CGCCAGCUGGUCUCGUAAACACCAGCCGGUGUGCUGCAGCAUGUGGGCGCGAUUCGCCGAUUUUUCCACUGCAAAAUAGUUUUCCCGUCUUUAUAAAAAAUGCACAGGUCACUCAAGAGUUACUCGGUCCGUCGGGCGAUCAACUUCUGCCGCUUCCAGCACAGCAAGACCGCCGCCAAGAGCGAAGAGGUUUCGGAAUGGAAAGGAGUCGUCGGACUGGAAAUCCACGCACAGAUUUCAACCAAAUCCAAAUUAUUUUCAAGAGCAGGGACCGAGUUUGCUUGUCCAGUGAACAAUAAUGUCGCCCUUUUUGAUGCAGCAAUUCCUGGAACUUUACCUGUGAUAAAUCGUGGAUGUGUUGAGUCUGCAGUCAUGACAGCUUUGGCUUUAGAAUGCGAAAUAAAUCCAGCGUCGACUUUUGACAGAAAGCACUACUUCUACGCUGACAUGCCAGCUGGGUAUCAGAUCACUCAGCAGAGAAAUGCCCUUGCUCACAAUGGCGUUUUGAGGUUUUACGUAAACCCUCCAAGUGGAAAACCGUAUCUGAAAAGUUCAAAACUGAAACAACUCCAGCUCGAGCAGGACAGCGGGAAGAGCCUGCACGAUGUAGAGGGUUGCAAGAGCUUGGUUGACCUAAACCGAGCUGGAGUAGGACUGAUGGAGUUGGUCUUCGAGCCAGAUCUCUCGGACGGGGAAGAAGCCGCCUCGCUUGUCAAAGAGUUGGCUCUUAUUUUGCAGAGGCUGAAAACCUGUUCCUGCAAAAUGGAAGAGGGUGCUUUUCGAGUGGAUGCAAAUGUCUCUGUCCAAAGAGUCGGCUCAACAACUUUGGGGCCUCGAACCGAAAUAAAAAACAUCAACAGUGUGAGAGGCGUGGCCAACGCUGUGAACUGGGAAAUCAAAAGACAAAUUAAAGCCAAUCUUAAAAAUGAACGUAUUGUGGUUGAGACAAGAUCGUAUGACGCCAAAACCAAGACGACGGUUCCGAUGAGAGACAAAGAGGAGAAGCAGGAUUACAGAUUUAUGCCAGAACCUAAUUUGCCACCUUUGAGAUUGCGGUUAAAGGAGAGUGAGGAUGGAACGCUUAUCGCAAUUCCUGAUAUAAAACAAAAAAUUCCCGAGCUACCAGAAAAAUCGAGAGAAAAACUUUUGCAGAGCUUCAACUUGGCAACAAUCCAUGCCAUUAAUCUUGUUAAUGAAGAUUUUCUCUUGGAUUUGUUUUACACUGUGGCCUCGAAAGUUGAGAAUCCACAAGGGCGAGUUAUUUAUGAGCUCAUUUUUACUGGGCUUUUGACGCUUUUAAAACAAAACGACCUAAAAUUUCAUCAAAACCCCAUCUCCAUUGAGAAUAUGGUGGAACUGUACAAUUUGUUGGCAAGCAGGGAAAUCAGUGUUAACACACUAAUACUUGUAUUGGAGAUUUUAAAAGACAACCCUCAAUCCACUCCCAGAAAGAUUGUGGAAGACAAUUCUUGGUACCAAAUAUCUGACCCUGAAGAUUUAAGAAAGAUUUGCGUAGCUGCGAUUGCUGAAAACCCUAAAAAGGUGAAAUCGUUUCUGAAGGGAAAGAAAAAUUCAUUCGGGUCAUUUGUGACACUUGUGGCCAAAAUGUCGGACAAUCGAGCAGACUUGUUUGUGGUCACAACCAUUUUAACCGAGUUGUUAGAGAAAGAGAAGGCUAAAUAAACAUAUG